UGUCUCCUCCCCACACCCUCAACCUGCAAACUCAAAUCUCCAGGCCCCCCCUACUCCCUCCGACUGCAUCCAGCCAUGAGGGGACUGCUGCUCCGGCUCUCCUUGCUCCUACUGCCGCUGCCCUGGGGCUUCCCUUCCGGCGGCCAGCCCAGGAAGAGCGGCUGCCCGAACCCCUGUCACUGCGAAGAGGAUGGCGUCCUGCUGCGGGUGGACUGCUCCGAUCUGGGCCUGGACUCGAUCCCUGCUAACCUCAGCACCUUCACUUCUUACCUAGAUCUCAGCAUGAACAAUAUUACUGAGCUGCUGCAGAAUGGCCUUUUCAACAUGUAUUUCCUUGAGGAGCUGCGUCUUGCAGGAAAUGACUUAACACACAUCCCCUUGGGAGCAUUUGCCGGUCUUUACAAUCUUAAAGUCCUCAUGUUACAGAACAACCGUUUGGGGGCAGUUCCUGAGGAGGCAUUACAGAACUUGCAAAGUCUCCAGUCACUGAGACUGGAUGCCAACCAUAUCUCUGUUGUGCCAUCAAACUGCUUCAAAGGGUUGGUCUCACUUAGACAUCUCUGGCUAGAUGACAACGCCCUGACAGAUAUUCCAGUCAAAGCUCUGAGCAGUUUACCUUGUCUACAAGCCAUGACCUUGGCCCUGAAUAGAAUUCCUCAUAUCCCAGACUAUGCAUUUCAGAAUCUUUCCAGUUUGGUUGUUCUGCAUCUCCAUAACAAUCAAAUCCACUCCCUGGGAAAGAGAUGUUUUGAUGGUCUCCACAGCCUAGAAACUUUAGAUUUGAACUACAACAAUCUGGAUGAAUUUCCUGUUGCGAUAAAGACACUAACAAAUCUUAAAGAGCUGGGCUUUCAUAGCAACAACAUUCGGUCAAUCCCUGAACAUGCAUUUGUUGGCAAUCCAUCUCUCCUAACAAUCCAUUUCUAUGAUAAUCCCAUCCAAUUCGUUGGAAAAUCUGCUUUUCAACACCUGCCUGAGUUACGCAUACUCUCCCUUAAUGGAGCAACCGAAAUAACUGAAUUUCCAGAUCUUACUGGCACCAUAAGUUUAGAAAGCCUGACUCUAACAGGAGCACGAAUUGCAUCUCUUCCAAGCACUGUUUGCAAACAGCUACCAAAUUUGCAAGUUUUAGAUCUGUCUUACAACUGGAUCCAGGAACUCCCGAGUUUCUUUGGUUGCCAGAAGCUUCAAAAGCUUGACCUGCAUCACAACAAAAUUUAUGAAAUUCAGCACGAUACUUUCCGCCAGCUCACUGCCCUACGAUCACUUGACCUUGGUUGGAACAAAAUUGAAUUUAUACAUCAAGAAUCAUUUAUUUCUUCACCAUCUUUAAUCAAACUUGACCUCACCUUCAAUCUUCUGUCAUCUCUUCCUGUAUCUGGACUAAAUGGAUUAACACAUCUCAAAAUAACUGGCAAUCAAGCUCUACAAGAUUUGUUACCUGUAGAAAACCUCCGGAACUUGAGGGUGUUAGAAAUGCCCUAUGCUUACCAAUGCUGUGCAUAUGGAUCUUGUGAAAAUUCCUACAAACUCACAAAUCAGUGGGAGAAAGUUGAGAACAACAGUGAGGAGGAAGCUCACAAACAGGAUGCUGGAAUGCUGUCUGGUCAAGAUGAUCAGGACACUGACGAUUUGCUAACAGACUUUGAAGAAGAUCCUAAAGUCCAUCAUUCUGUCCAAUGUGCUCCAGCUCCAGGACCCUUCAAGCCGUGUGAUCACCUGUUUGGUAGUUGGAUGAUACGACUUGGUGUAUGGAGCAUUGUUUUGCUCUCUCUUGUCUGCAAUGGUUUAGUCGCCACAACAGUUUUUGGAUCUCGGGCAUUUAUUGCCCCACCGAAACUUUUAAUAGGCCUCAUGUCACUCGUGAACGCUGUGAUGGGGGGUUAUAGUGGCAUUUUGGCAGUUGUGGAUCUGUGGACAUUAGGCAGAUUUGCAAAAUAUGGAGCAUGGUGGGAGAAUGGAGUUGGCUGUCAAGCUGCAGGUUUUCUGUCUGUAUUUGCUUCAGAGAUGUCCAUUUUCCUACUUACAGUUGCAGCAGUUGAACGCAGUCUAUGUGCAAAAUGUGAUAUAAAACAUGGAAAAUCUCUGGCUAGCGUCAAGAUAGCAGCUACAUUCUGUGCGAUUCUGGCAUCCGUAAUAGCAAUGCUUCCACUGUUCCAUAUUGGAAAUUAUGGGAUUUCUCCACUUUGUUUUCCUUUACCCUUUGGGGAACCUUCAACUUUAGGCUUUCUUGUGGCUUUAGUUUUGCUGAAUUCUCUUUGCUUCCUUGUAAUGACAAUAACCUACACAAAGCUUUACUGCCAUUUGGAAAAGGGAGACCUACACAGCCUUUGGGACUGCUCAAUGGUUAAACAUGUUGCCUGGCUACUCUUCACUAACUGUAUUCUAUACUGCCCUGUGGCUUUUCUGUCAUUUUCCUCCUUGCUGAAUCUCACAGUUAUUAGUCCGGAAGUAAUCAAGUCAAUCCUCCUCGUGAUUCUUCCAUUGCCAGGAUGCCUCAAUCCCUUGCUGUACAUUUUUUUUAACCCACAUUUCAAAGAUGAUCUUGUACUUCUGAGGAAGCAUGGCCGAUUAUGGAAGAAAUCAAAGCAGAGAAGUUUGGCCUCAAUAAAUUCAGAAGAUGCUGAGAAACAGUCUUGUGAUUCUACUCAAGAACUGGUGACACGCCCAGGAAGCAGAAAUGUCGCGUGCUGUGACUCAGUGAACAAUACUUCCAGACCACUGACUUACCAGAUGAUGGAAACUUGACAGCAGUCAUUUUUGUUCACCAUCAUUUAAAUGUCAAGGUAAAGGACCAUGGAAAGAAACUUCACGCCAGGUUGAACUGGUUGCUACAGAUAGUUUGAAACACUUUUGUUUUAAAUGGCACAUUUUUAUGCAUAAUGCCUCCCUUCCCACUGAAACAUUUACCCUGUGGCAGAGAAAUCAGAUUAUGUGAAAAAUCUUUACACUCCAGAAGAUCAGAAUAACUGCUACCUUCAUUGUUCCAGAAAGUUCUUCAGAUGUCACAUUGUCAACCAGCCACUGCAAUGAUUCAACCAAUAAGAACUUCAUAAAUACAAAUUUUAUUUGAAACUCAAGUUCAUAGAUGGGAAGUUUGAAAACUUUAUCAACAUAUGCACUAUAGUUCAAAACCUAAUGCACAGUUCUUGAAAUAGUGAAGAGCUUCCUUCAUGUAGUUCAUCUCACAGACCACUUUGAGUGUCAGUGACAUGAUUACGAGAUUACCUGUAAUACACAGAGCUAGAGAGAUUUUACAGCAUGGAAAAGGCCCAUCAUACCAUAUCCUAAAACUGCAUUCAAAUGUCAUAUGAUUUCCUUUAGACUCUGACUACAUUUGGUUUCAAAUGUAAUGACUGCAAUAGGUUUGCUGAACAUAUGCCUCUCACAGCAACACUUCCGAUCCACAUCGUCAAUUUACAUUUGUUCUGAAUGAUGCAUCUCAUUAAUUUUUACUGCUUUGUCCACAUACUUAACAUUUUAUUGGUUGAGAUAAUUCUAAUUAUUCAGACUUUGUCCAUUGAUGAAAGAAGUGUAGCCAUUCAACACCUCUCCCAAACUAUUUGAAUCAAUAAAGGAGAUGUGGUGGCUCAGUGGCUAGCACUGCUGCCUCCCAGCACCAGGGAUCAGGGUUCAAUUCCACUUUUGGGUGACUGUCCUUAUGGAGUUUGCACAUUCUCCCUGAAUCCGUGGAGUUUCUUCCAGGUGCUCUGGUUUCCUCCCAUAGUCCAAAGGUGUGCAGGUUAAGUGGAUUGGCUGUACUAAAUUGUCCUUGGUGUCUAAGGUUGUGCAGGCUAAAUGAGUUAGCCAUGGGAAAUGCAGGGUCAUGGUGUAAGAACAUAGAAUGUUACAGCAGAGUACAGGCACUUGGGUCUUCGAUGUUGUGCGACCCUGUCGAACCAAUCUGAAGCCCAUCUAUCUGACACCAUUCCAUUUUUAUCCAUAUGUUUAUCCAGUGAAAAGAUUAAUAAAGGAUUGAGUUGAAUAAACAAGGAUAUGAACCGCGAACAUUUGCAUCUUGUACAUUCAUCUACAGCGAGAAUCAUACCGUUAGACUAACAAGCCACCACCAGGAUAUGGUGGGAUCCUCUUUGGAGGGUUGGUAUGGAUUUGGUGGGUUGAAUGGCCUACUUCCAUACUGUAGGGAUUCUAUAAAAGAGAUAAACGUUCAUCUGUAACUCAUAAGAGUAUAGUGUGAUGAGCAAAUCAAUUCCCCUUACUCCACUGGUUCAACCUUUAAGUUCUUAAAUUAUCUGAUGUCACUAUGUAGAACAGUCAGUUAAAGGAUGGUUCACAUGGACAUAUGAUUCAACAGAUUCCUGAAUGCAUGUUACAUUAAAAAUAUCUGAUAACUGUUAACUAAAGUUCUGUUAGUGAUUUUAAUGCGUUAAUGUGCCAAACAUCAUUGUGUUCAAUCAUAUCUUAGGAUAGGGGAUAUAAACCUGGACCUUAAUUCACUGCCGCUUUGUUAUGACUUGACAUUGUAAAUUUGUCUUUGCUUAGUUAUUGAAGCUAUUACUUCAAUUUAUUUUUAAAUUCCUGGGUCACAAAAGAUUCCUGCUUAAGAUUAAUGACCCAUACAAAUCACAGAAUAGACUACAUAUUCAUUCCUGUAUCUACAUAAAUUAUGUACAAUAUGAUUAAUUAUGAGAUUCAUAUAUUUAGUAAAGAGAUCUGCACUUUUCAAAAACUAAAUUUAAGUAGUUUAGCAAUGGAUAUACACAAGAUUAUUGCAAUAAAUAUGUAUUAGAAAUUGUUUUAAAAUAAUAAUUAUGACAUAACUAAAAAAACUUGCAGUACAAUAAUCCUACAAAA